AUGGAAACUAGAAGUAAAAAGAAAGUCCUCGACCCGCCCGCCCGGGAGCCGUCACCGCGUGCCGGCACCAGCACCCGCGCGCCUUCGCCGCGUUCCGCACGUGGUAGCCGCGUGCCCUCGCCGCGCGCUACGCAUAACAGCCGCGUACCGUCGCCGCGUUCCGCGCGAAACAGCCGCGCGCCAUCGCCGCUCCCCGCACGUCGUGGUAGCCGCAUGCACUCGCCGCUCCUCGGGCGGAAAAGCCGCGCGCCAUCGCCGCUCCCCGCACGUGGUAGCCGCGCGCACUCGCCGCUCCUCGGGCGAAUCAGCCGCGCGCACUCGCCGCUCCUCGGGCGAAUCAGCCGCGCGCACUCGCCGCUCCUCGGGCGAAUCAGCCGCGCGCACUCGCCGCUCCUCGGGCGAACCAGCCGCGCCCCGUCCCGAAUGUUUUCGGCAAUAAGCCGAACUCCAUCACCACGGCCGGCGCUUCGCGCGCCAUCACCGGCUCCGUCGCAUAGUUCUACAGCCUGGUCCACCGCAAGUCACCGACGACGACAGACUGCGAGGGACGACGCCGCCGACCGCGUACAAGAACUCCGACGCGAAGCAGAGUACCUGGAGCUGAAAGCGAGGUUACUAAAAGAAAAGAUGAGACAAGACUCCGCGCCGACGACCACGAUCGAGCGAACGCUCACUAAACUACUAGCAAGACAAUCGGUCAAAGAGCUGCCGCCUUUUUCCGGUGACGUCCUAGAAUGGCCGAUCUUCUAUAGCCAAUUUAAAACAACGACCCAGUUGUGCAAAUACAGUGAAGAGGAAAACAUCGCGCGGCUCAUGAAAAGCCUAAAAGGUAAAGCUCGCGAUGCCGUGUCUGCUUUAUUAGUUAGUGCAACUGGCCUCGAUAAAAUUAUUUCGACGCUUAAGCUCAGAUUCGGCCGACAAGACCACCUUAUUGAGGUAAUGCUUUCAAAAAUUCGUGCCAUCAAUAAUGUAAGGCACGACGACGUCAACGGCCUCAUCGACUACGCAACCUCUGUACAAAACAUCGUGGCAGCAAUGACACUGACAGAUGAAACGGGCCAUCUAACAAAUAUCACUUUAAUUCGGGAAAUCAUAUCGAAAUUACCGUCUAUCCUGCAAUACCAAUGGAGUUUUUACGUUUAUGACAGAUACUACGACCGUGUAACCAUGCAAACUUUGGCCGACUGGCUUAUGAAGAUAGCGAACGCGGCCACACAUAUAGCUCCUAUUCUUUCUAAGUCCGUAGAAAAGCCUAGCCGUACGUUUGAGCCAUCAGCACGCUACGCUUCACCACGCAGUAAGCUCGCGCUAACGACAAAGCAACCUAUGACCAGCCGACCCGCCGUGUUCACAGUAAACAAAAAUAACAGUAAGUCAACUAAGAAGUGCGUCAUGUGCGAAGACAACCACGAUAUAGAGAAGUGCCCUAAAUUCCUGGCCCUCUCUAUGGACGCCCGCUGGCAGUACGUGACAUCUAGGGCACUGUGCUUUUCGUGCAUGUCACCUCGGCACCAGAUCUUGGAGUGCUACAACAAAAAAAAAUGUGAACAUUGCAAAAGAUCACACCACACGACGCUACACGCCGAGCCGAAGCCCGCCGAACCGAACUCUUUGAUGCCCGAUCCGAAGCCCUCAUCAGCCGCCGCUGUCGUCACUCACACUAACGUGCAGCCGACUAGUCACGUUAUACUCAAAGUCGCCAGAGUGGUGGUCAGUGGGCCGCUGGGAUCGGAGAACAUAUUAGCGAUGCUUGACGGAGGAGCCGGUGUCAGUCUUAUGGACGAUGAUCUCGCAUGCCGCCUCGGAGUCUCCGGCCCUGCGACGGACCUACGCCUCACGGGAGCAUGCAGGAUGCAGGCUGCAGCCAAGGGCUCGCAACGCGUCAGCAUCAACGUCCGCGGCGUGAAGGUUGAAGACUCCUACGAUAUUUUUGUCGAUACUGUUAAACAUUUAGCCUUGCCUAUGUAUAAACAUGAUUUAGGUAGGCUAGGGCGUAACCAUGAUUUAAUAAAAAGAUUUUACGACGACUUAGGGACGACUGACGACAUUGACGAACGACCGUUACUUCUUUUAGGUACUGACAAUGUAGACCUUAUUGUCACUAGGGAGCUCUUCUCAGGGCGAAACUGCAGUGACUCACUCUACGUGUGCCUCACUCGCCUGGGACACGUAGUGCAUGGCAAAAGUCCUAACAUUUUGACUAAUGACGUUGCAGUCCUGCAUUUAUGCGCCUGUGAGGAGCUCAAUUAUGCAAUAAAACAGUCAUUUUCGACCGAGGGAUUUGGUGUCAAACCGUAUACCGACGUUCCUCGAUCGAAAAACGACUUAAAAGCCUUAACCAUUUUAGAAAAUACGUCAAAAUUAGUAGGUGACAGGUGGGAGACAGGCCUUCUUUGGAAGGAUGACAUACCUGAUCUGCCUGACAGCUACAAUUUGGCGCUCAAACGUCUUGACGGCAUUAAGAAAAAAAUGUCUAGACUGCCAGAGUUCGCAAGACGUUAUUCGGAUAAGGUUAAAGAAAACCUUGAAAAAGGUUAUAUUUCAAAAUUGAAUGACAGAGACGUAGCUGUCAGGACAGGAAAGACAUGGUUUUUACCGCACUUCGCGGUUUUUAAUCCUAACAAACCUGACAAGCUGCGAAUAGUUCUCGAUUGCGCCGCUAGGGUGUCGGGGAAAUCGCUCAAUGACCACCUUCUAAGCGGGCCUGACUUUUUGACUUCCCUCCCUGGGGUACUGCUCGCCUUCCGCUGCCACAAGGUCGCAGUAGUGGGUGACAUUCAAGAGAUGUUCCACAGGGUGCUAAUCAGGGAAGAGGACAGACAAGCACAGCGACUUCUAUGGGUCGAUGGUGAGUACGUCAUGAACGUCAUGACGUUUGGCGCCAUAUGUUCACCGGCAUCGGCUCAAUACGUAAAAAACCAAAAUGCUCGUCGCUUUGAAGACUCUCAUCCAAAAGCCGUAGACGCGAUAAUCAAUCACCACUACGUCGAUGACUAUAUCCACUCCAUUGAAACCAUAGACGAGGCGAUCAACACAGUGGAUGACGUACUACGGAUACAUGCAUCCGGAGGCUUCAACAUGCGAAACCUUAUGUCAAAUUCGAAGGAGCUACUGCGACACCUGCCAGAAGAUAAGCUUGCACCUGGAGGAGUGAAAUUCUUGGCGGACAAUAAAGAAGAGCAACUCGAACGAGUCCUAGGCGUUAACUGGGACCCUGAAGCAGACACCUUUGCUUUCAGCAUGAAGUUCCACAGCGUCAGCCAAGAUCUUCAGUCUGGAACGAAGCGCCCAAGCAAGCGAGAAGUGCUCCGCCUCAUUAUGAGCGUCUUUGACCCUUUAGGGUUUCUCCUACCGACCACCAUCAAGGGAAGACUGAUCCUUCAGGACGUCUGGAGAGAUGCCAUUGGCUGGGACGACGAGAUCGGGUCUAGCCAUUAUGACCGAUGGAAGACCUGGCUAAACAAGCUCGAACAAGCGAAGAGUACGAGGAUCCCAAGAUGGCUGAUGACUGAAGAUUCCGCCAUGGGAGAGCAGGUACAGCUUCAUAUCUUUUGUGACGCCAGCUCCCGAGCAUUCUCGACCGUCGCUUACCUACGACUGCCAUUGCUUAAAGGUAAAUGGCACCUAGCCUUUGUGAUGUCCCGAGGACGCAUAGCUCCACUCAAGACCCUCAGCAUCCCUCGACUCGAACUUCAAGCUGCUGUCAUGGGUGCUCGUCUCUCCCGCGUUUUGAGGGAGUACAUUAAAUUUGACGGACCUACGACGUUCUGGACCGACUCGAAGACUGUUGUCGCCUGGCUGAAGUCUGACACGGGGCGUUUCAAGCCUUUCGUCGCGCAUCGCGUUGCCGAAGUCACCGAGCUGACAGACUUCCGUGACUGGAGGUGGGUGCCGACGGACCUCAACCCUGCCGACGACGCAACGCGCGAUGCAGACGCCAUCGAUCGCUCGAGAUGGCUGAACGGACCCGACUUCCUGAAACAGCCCGAAGAGACCUGGCCCAAACCAGACACUGAAGCAUCUUUGGACCCCGACGACGUUGAGGUCAAGGCCGUGUGCUUAAUAAACAGACAUUGCGGACGUGCUCUCCCAGACAUCAGACGGUUCUCGAAAUAUUGGAGAUUCGUGAGGUCUGUAGCCUGGCUUCUCAGGUACGUGAGGAACGCCAGACAACAGCAACUAGGCUCUAUACAAGCCGGCGAACUGACUGCGCAGGAGCUCGACAAUGCCGAACGACUGUGUGCCGCUGACUCCCAAGAGAGAACCUUUGCCGAAGAAAUCUCCACGCUACGACGGUCUAACACGCAACAUCUUGACCAAGCGCACGUGAACCGAGAAGAAGCUCACCUCAACCUAAGACGCAAGUGGUGGAUAGUCAGCGGGAGGAAUGCUGUGAAAACCGCCUGGAACGACUGCCAGGUCUGCAAGAAUGCUCGUGCCAAGCCGUCUCCCCCACUAAUGGGGCAGCUGCCGGACAUGAGAGUCACGCCGACAGGCCGUGCCUUCACUCAUACUGAACUCGAUUACUUCGGGCCGAUGACUGUGAAGAUUGGACGCCGCCAAGAGAAACGCUACGGUGCCCUGUUCACUUGCAUGACAGUCAGAGCCAUUCACAUAGAGCUCGCGAGCGACCUGACAACGACGAGCGCCCUAAUGGCUCUGCGACGUUUUAUCGCCAGACGUGGAUGCCCGAAAACAAUAUGGAGCGACAAUGCGACCACCUUCAGGGGAGCUGACCGCGAACUCACGCAAGCCGUACGAGCCAUCGACCGAGACGAGCUUACCCGCUUCAGUAGCCCUCGGCAGAUAGAAUGGAGAUUUAUUGCUCCUGUAGCUCCGCACAUGGGAGGCUGCUGGGAGCGAAUGGUCAGAGCCGUGAAGACUGCGCUGAAAGCCACCCUCAAUACCAGGAUCCCCAGGGAGGACACCCUCACCACUCUGCUGGCUGAGGCGGAAGCAAUCGUGAACGGCAGGCCGCUUACCUACGUCCCCCUAGAUCACAAUGACGACUUACCACUUACGCCUAAUGACUUCCUAAUGCCGAUGACAGACCGGACAGGAAUGACUGCAACUUCCGGAACCUUCAACGACGGGGACCUCCUGCGGCGGUCGUGGCGAGAGUCUCAGAGGCUGGCUGACUUACUGUGGAAGCGCUGGGUGAAGGAGUAUUUACCCAACUUGACAAGGCGCGAAAAGUGGUACCAGUCCUCAACCCCCCUCGCUGAAGGUGACAUAGUCGUCAUAGCCGACAGCCAGUCACCUCGCAACCUGUGGCCGCGAGGAAGAGUAGUGAAGACUUACCCAGGACGUGACGGACAGGUCCGAGUGGCAGACGUCCAAACCGGUCAUGGACUGUACCAGCGACCGGUGACUAAACUAUGUAGACUUGACGUGAGACCGACGCAGGAUUGA